AUGACUGAAGAUGUGAAGGAACUCUUUAAAGAGCUGAAUGUCAAGUGUAAUGCCAUAGAGCUGGACCUGAUGGAGGACGGAGCCAACUACCAGGACUUGCUGCAUGAGAUGACGGGGCAGAAAACCGUCCCCAACGUCUUCAUCAACAAGAAACACAUCGGAGGCUGUGACAAAACCAUGAAGUUCCAGGUGAAGGAACUCUUUAAAGAGCUGAAUGUCAAGUGUAAUGCCAUAGAGCUGGACCUGAUGGAGGACGGAGCCAACUACCAGGACUUGCUGCAUGAGAUGACGGGGCAGAAAACCGUCCCCAACGUCUUCAUCAACAAGAAACACAUCGGAGGCUGUGACAAAACCAUGAAGGCACACAAAGAUGGCGUCCUGCAGAAGCUGUUGGGUGAAGGCAGUGAGGUGUUCGACUAUGAUCUCAUCGUCAUUGGCGGUGGUUCUGGUGGUCUGGCGUGCUCAAAGGAAGCAGCCGCAUUGGGGAAGAAGGUCAUGGUUCUGGAUUAUGUUGUUCCCACACCGAAGGGCACAACCUGGGGUCUGGGUGGCACGUGUGUGAACGUGGGCUGUAUUCCCAAGAAACUGAUGCAUCAAACGGCCCUGCUGGGUACAGCCGUGGAGGACGCACGCAAGUUCGGCUGGGAAUUCAGUGAUCAGGGUGAGUCGUAUAUUCAGCACGGCCGAAAAUAUGAAGCUCUACAUGGUACACAGCGACUUGGACUUCGCUCUCCCAAUGCUAACAUUGAGUCGUUUUCUGAUCCUCCGUCCAGGAACGGGAAGAUCCCAGUGAACGAUGAGGAGCAGACCAACGUUCCUCACAUCUAUGCCAUUGGAGACAUCCUGGAGGGGAAGUGGGAGCUCACGCCUGUGGCCAUUCAGGCCGGGAAGCUUCUGUGCGAUUAUGUGAACGUUCCCACCACGGUCUUCACUCCGAUGGAAUACGGCAGCUGUGGUUACCCAGAGGAGAAGGCCGUCGAGAUCUACGGACAGGAGAACCUCGAGAUCUAUCACAGUCUGUUCUGGCCUCUGGAGUUCACCGUUCCCGGUCGAGACAACAACAGGUGCUACGCCAAGAUCAUCUGCAAUAAACUUGACAACUGCGAUUAUGUGAACGUUCCCACCACGGUCUUCACUCCGAUGGAAUACGGCAGCUGUGGUUACCCAGAGGAGAAGGCCGUCGAGAUCUACGGACAGGAGAACCUCGAGAUCUAUCACAGUCUGUUCUGGCCUCUGGAGUUCACCGUUCCCGGUCGAGACAACAACAGGUGCUACGCCAAGAUCAUCUGCAAUAAACUUGACAACGAACGUGUGAUUGGCUUCCACUAUCUGGGUCCUAACGCCGGAGAGGUCACUCAGGGCUUCGGAGCCGCCAUGAAAUGUGGAAUUACCAAAGAUCAGCUUGACAACACCAUCGGGAUUCACCCGACAUGUGCUGAGAUAUUCACCACCAUGGAGGUCACCAAGAGCUCCGGCGGAGACAUCACUCAGUCCGGCUGCUGAGGUUAAACCCUGCUCGUUUAACAGGCUGUCAGGACUAGUUUAAACUAGUUUAUUCUAGUGAUUCAUCCCUCUCCUCUUGGCAUAAACACACUCGAGUCUCUUUAAUUAAUCUCAGGUCAUCUGAAGGCGUAACAUCGUGAUCCGCCCUGCUCUUAAAAGGCUUUUGUGUCUCACUGUUGUUCCACAUGUAUGUCACCCUUAACAAACCAUGUGAAGGGUGUGUUGUGGGCGGAGUCUGGGAGCCGCAAUAAGAGGCGGGGCUUCGCUUGCCUAGAGACCAGUGAUUGGGGGAGGAGAUGAUGAUUGACAGCCUGUUAGACAGCGGGGUUACUCUGCUUUAACUGAUUGUCCGAGUCAGAAAUGCACCUGUGCUUUACAUUUUUCUUUCUUACACCUUAUAAACUCAUGCUCGCACAUUCGCGCUUGGUGCUCUGUGACGUUUUAACCCUUACCCCACGUUCAGUGGCGGGUUACGACUGAUGUUUUCUGCACUUGGACUUUAAAUAGAUAAACUCAUGUUAACGAGAACACUGAUCUUUGGCCUUCAGACUCACGAGGGCCGCAUACUUUCGUUUCUUUUGCUUGUAGGAGUACUUUUCUAUAUUUAAUAGUGGUUUGUCUUCAGUUGCUCUGCAUCAUUCCACGUCAGGAUCCUAGUAAGACGGAUUUCACUUCCCGCUCUCAUUAGUUUCUGAUUUAGCUGUCGAGUAACUGAGAUGUGAUCGAAGCGCAAACCAAAUGCAGCAUGUAGAUGCUUCCUUAAAGUAUUUAAACUAACAGGCGUCACUGAGAUCCGUGUGACCGCAAACUCAUUUGUAGUUUGUGAUGCCUGUCAGAGCACUUAGAAAUAUCAAUAAAAUGUGUGUUCAUAUUUUUAUAAAUAUAUCACUGGAUUACAUUACCUGUAUCUGUAUGGAGGUUUCAUUCAAGUAUAGAUGCACGUCUGUUUGUAUUUGUUUGACUUGCUGUUUAUUUGCUUUCUGGAUUAUUUUGUCCUAUUCGUCUCAUCAUUCACUCACUUUUGCUUUCUAAGGAUUGUGUUUAAGGGUCAGAGUUCUUACAUUUACUGUCACUCAGCUCCUGAUAAUUGUACUAUUUCAAUAGUAUCUCUGUUCAAAUUCUAUUCAUGAACUUUAAUAAAACUAUGUACACAA